UCUAUAUAGCGGGGCUGCGCCGGCCGUUCUCGGCGUAGUCCUCGCCUGAACCGCUCCCCGACCGCGUGCCCAACACUAACCUGCAGAAAUGUCGUGGACCAGGAUGGUGGGGUCGCUGGCGAUCCUCUACGCCGUGAUGGCGCUGUUGCUGCUGCUGCAGGGGGCCACCGCGCUGCGGUCCGUCCGGGAGAAGCAGAUCAAGCUGGAGGACAUCGAACGCGACAACCUGCAGACGGAGCUGGGCAAGACGCAGCGCGUCGAGCCACACCCCUCGUACCAGCAGCCCCAGCAGCAGCAGCAUCAGCCGCAGCAGCAGGAGCAAGAGCAGGUGUACUACCAACCCCAACAGCCCCAGCACCACUUCCGGUACGAGCAGGCGCCCCAGCACCACCCCCACCACCACCACCAUCAGCAGCUCGCCCAGCAACAGCACCACCAGCAGCUGCAGCAGCAGCAGCUGCUCUACCAGGCCGCGGCUGCGGGCGGCCACGCCGCCCAGGGGGUGGUGCCCACCCACAUCAUGUACCUCAUCAUGCCCAACGGCAACGUGGCGGCCUUCCAGCUCGCCCCGCACCCCAACCACAUCCAGCAGGCCUACUACUCGCCCUCCGCCGCCAAGCAGCACCUCCAGCACCAGCAGCUGCAGCAGGCCAUGCUGGGCACCCUGUACCACCAGCACGGCGCGCAGCCCAUGCUGCAGUACUACCAGCCGCAGCCGCAGUACGUGCCCGCCGUGCCCGCCCAGCGCUACCAGCCCGCCGCCACCGUGCACCACCAGCCCACCAUCUCAUUCAACUCGCAGCAGGCGCACCAGUUGCACGCACAGCACUUCAGCUCGCUGGCGCCGUCACAGCAAUCUCUGCUUUUCAGGGAGUUGAGCGAGCAGCCCGCCGCCGCCCUGGCCGCCGCCGAGUACGCCAGCCCCGAGCAGCAGCAGCAGCACGCGCAGGUGCAGGCCCAGCAGGCCGUGCAGCAGAGCCACAAGAGCCUGUACGGCGCGGGCGUCAAAGCGACCGCCUCCCCCCAGCUCAAGGGCGGCUUCUCCACGCAGACCGGCCAGAGCUACGCCAACUUCAGGCAGUACGGCUGAGCUGUCCCGCGCCACCCGUGCCUCCUCCCCGCCCCCCGAGCUAUCUCUGCGUCACCCCUUUGGCGUGAGUAGGGCAGCUGCCAAAACGACUGAUGUGACCCCCACCCUCUACUAUUCCGCUGCAGGCUCCCUAGCCAUAGCUGUACAGAAGUAAUGUUGCUUUAUUUAAUUCCUGAGUUGUGUGUAUAGUGGUAGGCGGGAUGCUACAGAACAACGCGCAUAGACGGGAAGUAGCCGCUCUCUCUUGACUGUGUUAUUUUAGUAGUACUAUUUGUAGUCAUUGUUGUAUAUUUUAUAGUAGUUCUCGUUGUUGUUGAUGUUGUUCUUCUUGUUGUUUUUAUUUUGUACAGUGAUAGUUGAUUGAUUAAAUGUUUGUUACCUCGA